GGAUGGAGUUUGGGGUUUGAGAAGUCAAUGAGAAAAGUGAAAAAUGAUUCCUUAAGUUGUUAAUUUUCUCCAAAACUAAAGGGGCUACAUCCUCCAGAACAUAAGGAAGUGAGCAUUCAGCCUCGCCAUUUUGAGAAAACGGCCAGUCACAGCAGUGGGCAGACUGUGUUCAUAGCUACUGGAGUCGUCGUGCAGUCAUGCGAUAUAGCUGUUUUUAAUUCAAUAUUUCUAUGUUUAAAUUUGUAAUAUAGGUAAACUAAAGGUAACCAGUAAUGUCCACGGAAGCAACCGCCGACCAGGCAGCUGAGUAUAUCCCGGAGAAGGUUAAGAAAGCAGAGAAGAAGUUGGAAGAAAACCCAUAUGACCUUGACGCAUGGAGCAUUCUGAUUCGAGAAGCACAGAACCAACCAAUAGACAAAGCAAGGAAGACGUAUGAACGACUUGUGGCCCAGUUCCCAAGCUCGGGCAGAUUCUGGAAACUAUUCAUUGAAGCGGAGAUCAAGGCAAAAAACUAUGACAAGGUAGAAAAGUUGUUUCAGAGAUGUCUGAUGAAGGUGCUGCACAUCGACCUGUGGAAAUGCUACCUCUCCUACGUCCGAGAGACGAAAGGAAAGCUACCCAGCUACAAAGAGAAGAUGGCGCAGGCGUAUGACUUUGCGCUGGAUAAAAUCGGCAUGGAGAUCAUGUCCUACCAGAUAUGGGUGGACUACAUCAACUUCCUCAAAGGAGUUGAGGCGGUUGGUUCAUACGCUGAAAACCAGCGAAUCACGGCGGUGCGCAGGGUCUACCAGAGGGGCUGUGUGAACCCCAUGAUCAACAUCGAGCAGCUCUGGAGAGACUACAGCAAGUAUGAGGAGGGCAUCAACGUACAUUUGGCCAAGAAGAUGAUUGAGGACCGCAGCAGAGACUACAUGAACGCUAGGAGAGUGGCCAAGGAAUAUGAGACUGUGAUGAAGGGUCUGGAUAGGAACGCCCCCUCGGUGCCCCCACAGAACUCCCCCCAGGAGGCGGUGCAGGUGGAGAUGUGGAAGAAGUACAUCCAAUGGGAGAAGAGCAACCCGCUCCGCACAGAGGACCAGACACUCAUCACUAAGAGAGUGAUGUUUGCCUAUGAGCAGUGUCUGUUGGUGCUGGGUCAUCACCCUGAUGUGUGGUAUGAGGCUGCCCAGUAUCUGGACCAGUCCAGUAAACUACUGGCAGAGAAGGGGGACAUGAACAACUCUAAGGUGUUCAGUGACGAAGCAGCUAACAUCUACGAGCGCGCCAUCGGUACUCUACUGAAGAAGAACAUGCUGCUGUACUUCUCAUUCGCUGACUAUGAGGAGAGUCGAUUGAAGCAUGAAAAGGUCCACAGCAUCUACAACCGUCUGCUGGCCAUCGAGGACAUCGACCCCACGCUGGUCUACAUCCAGUACAUGAAGUUUGGCAGGCGGGCCGAGGGCAUCAAAUCAGGCCGCAUCAUCUUUAAGAAGGCCAGGGAGGACAUGCGCACGCGUCACCAUGUCUAUGUGACUGCAGCACUGAUGGAGUACUACUGCAGUAAGGACAAAUCAGUGGCCUUCAAGAUAUUUGAACUGGGCUUGAAGAAAUAUGGAGACAUUCCAGAGUAUAUACUUGCAUACAUCGAUUACCUCUCACACCUUAAUGAGGACAACAACACCAGAGUUCUGUUUGAGCGUGUUCUCACCUCGGGAAGCCUGUCGCCAGAGAAGUCUGGUGAGAUCUGGGCACGUUUCUUGGCCUUUGAGAGUAACAUCGGGGACCUGGCCAGUAUCCUGAAGGUGGAGCGCAGGCGUUUCACGGCCUUCAAGGAUGAGUACGAAGGCAAGGAGACAGCCCUGCUGGUGGACAGAUACAAGUUCAUGGAUCUGUACCCCUGUUCUGCCAGCGAGCUCAAAGCCCUCGGAUACAAGGACGUGUCCCGUGCCAAACUGGCGGCGUUGCUCCAGACAGAGACGGUGGUGACUCCAUCGGCUCCCACGCAAAAGGACGAGGCCGACCGCAAACCAGAGUACCCCAAACCUGACACCAGCCAGAUGAUCCCCUACCAACCACGACACUUGGCCCCUCCAGGACUGCACCCAGGGGUGUUCCCAGGCCCAGUCAUCCUGAUGAAGCUACUGCCUCCACCCACCUGUUCACUGUUGGGGCCCUUUGUGCAGGUGGAUGAACUGAUGGAGAGCUUCAGGAGAUGUACACUACCAGAGACUGUAGAUGCAGCAGUAGAGUUGAUAACGGGCAGGCAGCCUGAUGCUGGCGGAGAAGGGAACGGUUCCAUGGAGAACCACGCCAUGACCAAGUCACUGAAGAGACCCAAUGCAGACUCUGAUGAAGAGGAGGACAAGGGCGCUGUGGCCCCACCCGUUCACGACAUCUACCGCGCUCGCCAGCAGAAGAGGAUCCGGUGAACACACACUCACUCAGACACACGCACACUUGGGAUGGACUCUGUACAGGAAUGUAAACCCAUUACAUCAAACCUUUUAGGGCAAACAGACUCGUCUGCAGUUUGUCUGGAAGAGUGUUUAUAUCCAACCAUCGUUGGUCCCUCUACACACACCUGUGUUUGUUUUUUUUGUUGUUGGUGUUUUUUUAACAGUUUUAUUUUUUAAAGCUGGGUGACUAAUACUGUACAAAGUUUUUAAUUCAACCCUUAAUUUGACACUCAGCUGUUUGGCCUUGUGAAUCUCCGGUGAUGGACAAAUGGAAUCGACCUGUUUUUCUAGUCAAAUUGAGAGAAUACAUUUCCUUUCAAUAAAAAGAGGAGAAAAGAACCAAAACUAAA